AUGUCAGUGCGGCCCUCUGACGCAACCCUCGCAGUUCCACCUCAAAUGGUUCGCGGAGCCCGCGGCUGUUUUCAGUUUAUUCUCCGAGUACGUCCGGAAAAGCAACGAGAGACGGACACCCAGGGAAGGGAAAGCAAGGCCCAGGCCGGGCCGGGCCAGGCUGAGGGGGUGGCGAGCCCGGGGGUCUGGGGGUGGGCGCCGCGGGGAGACGGCUACCGGGGGUGGGGGAAGGCCGGGGCCGCGGGGGAAGGGCUGCUCGGCAAGCCGACCGAGGCCGGGGACGAGGGGGCAGCCGGGGCAGCCGGAACCGGACUUGACUGGGACCUGGCUGAGAGGAGGCCUCCGGGGACACUGGGGCCGGGCCGGAGGCCCGCCGCGCACACGCGCGCUUCUCCGAAGAUCUCCCGGGUCCUCGCGGCUGGCCCUCGCAGAGGGCCGCUCGCCACCCCCACCCGGCCCCUCACCACCCCCACCCGGCCCCUCACCCCUCACCCAGGCCCGGCCGGGAAAGCGCGGGGACGCGAGAGUCCGCGCGGGAGAAGCAGUAUCUGCAGGGACGCGCUCAGGCCGCUGGGCGCCAGCUCCCGCCGCCGCUUCCCGCGCGCUGCAGGCCCCGCCUCCUCGUGGGGCGGGGCUCUCGAGACUGCCCGCCUCGUGGGCGGGUCUCCACAGAGCCCCCGCCCCGCCGCGGAGGCGUGA